CUCUUUGAUCAUUUUCAAGGAUGUUCCAACAUUAUUUAUUUGUAGUAAAGUUUACGUCACUUACUGUAGUAGCGAUUCCCGGUUGACUCUACGUCUCAACUCUUCGUACUGUAAAAAAAAUACAUAAUUGCUAGAAUACUCGGAUAAUAAUGAGUGAAAUCAAAGGAGAGCCUAAUCAUAUCCAACUUCCAAAUGGAUUGUCUUUACCAAGGAUUGGAUUUGGCGUUUUUCGAAUCAAGUAUGCAGAUUGCUAUGACUUAGUGACAGCAGCGUUGGACACUGGAUAUAGACGUAUUGAUACAUCUGAAGUAUAUGGAAAUGAGGAUGUGUGUGGAAAAGCCGUAAUUGAUUGGUGUGAGCGAAAUCGAGCCCCAAGAACAGAUAUCAUUUUAAGUACGAAAUUAGCUAACUGUUCUGACUAUGCGGCUACACGGGCUUCCAUCCGUAGUAGUUUGCAUCAUUUGGGUACUUAUAUUGACAUUUUUUCCAUCUUCUCUCCAGCAGCCGGCAGUAAGGCUAGAAUCGAAAGCUGGAGAGUUAUGGAAGAAUUUGUUGAUAGAGGAGAUAUCCGUUAUUUGGGCGUAUGCAAUUAUGGAAUCAAGCACCUUGAAGAACUAUAUGCAUCCGAACCAAAGUAUUUUCCUAUAGUUAAUCAGAUCGAACUGCAUCCUUUUCUUGCCAGGGACGACAUUGUGAAUUGGUGCAAAGGACACGACAUCCUUGUGGAAGCUUAUUCACCUCUCACAAAUGGAAUUCGUCUCCAAGAUCCAACACUUGUCGAACUCGCCAACUCCGUUGGCGUCGAUGUCCCCAGACUAUUGCUUCGUUGGAGUCUUGAAAAAGGCUAUAUACCUAUCGUCCAGUGUACGAAUUUAGAUCAAAUUAAACAUAACUUGAACAUUUUUUCUUUUCAGAUUCCGGAAGAAAUAAAAGACAGAAUAACCUCUCUUGACGAACAUUGGCAUGCCGAUUCUUCUUACGACCCUACUAUUUGCGAAUAAUGUUUCCAUUUGAGCAACUUUCGGUUUCUGGCCUCUUAUUCUGUAAUCCAUUAUUGUCGGAAUCAUGACUUUGCUUUUUAUUGCAGUAAGCGUAAACACAUGCGACCUCAUUACUACUAUUCAUUUGAAGUAGUAUGUAGCCCCCUUUUAUAAACUUUAGCUCAAUUAAUCUUUCAUUGUCCUGAAUCAUUAUUAUUAUUCCAAAC